GCGCAGGUUAAACGUCCCUAGAACGCUGCCAGCAAAAAUUUCCCCGCGGCACGAAAAUUCUUCCACGCGAUGGCGCCACCUUCUAUGCCAGUUUGGUGCUGAGCCGAAUUCCGUGGACGUCUGCUUUUCUCGAAUCACGCAACUUGUGCUUCGUGUAAUGUUUAUGCAGCUCAUUAACUUGGAAACAUCGUGUUUGGUGUGAUUUUGUUGUGAGAUUUCAUCAAUUACCGAUGUGAACGUUCAGUGCGCGCGUGUGCGUGUGUGUGUGAGUGCGUCUGCUACAGUGUGUCUGCUUUUAAAAGUUUGUUCAUCAGCGUGGAUUACUGCAUGCCUUCGCGUUUGGAUACUUUACGUCGGUUUGCAGUGAUGUCAGCGUGCAUGGAUACCGAGGAACGUCCGGAGCGUCAUCCAAAAGCCCUGCUACAAGAGCACAAAGAACACGCCGAGUCUCAUAGCACCAUGUCCUAAGCAACCCUUCUCGCCCCCCGUUAAUUCCCAUCACGGUGUCCCGUUGGCUGGCUGGCCAGCAUGACCUCCGUGCCCGCCGUGCCGGAGUUUCGAGACGCGGACCAGUGCCGGCAGCACGGUGUUGAAAUCAUUCGCCCGAAGCCGAGGAGACUCGGCGACCUCAAUAGAGCGGGCCCAGUGGCGGCGAGCCAUGAAGUACGGCUACCAGGCGAAGGUGCAGCGGCUUCUGGUCUCAAGCCCUCUCACAGGGAUCUCGUCGGCGGUUCGGCACCUUCUCUCUACAAGGCAUCUGGACGCGACGCAAUGCUGAAGACUCCGAACCGGGAACUGUCAACCUCUUUGUGCUCUCCUCCUCCUUUGCCGGGGAAGCACAGCGAGAAAACUUCUUCGCACAAGUCGAGCUCGCAGCCGGCUACGCCGGUGUGUGUCGCAUCGUCACCAGCGCCUAGGGUUCAUUCUACGCCGCCGGUGCUGACCGGCGGACUUCGGUCAACGCCCGUCCGCGAAAGUCUGGCGCGCAUAAGUCCGGGCCUCAUGCUGGUCACGUCACGGCUGUCACCGGCAGCGAAGCUUAGCGUGCCGGAGCCGAGCCGACAUUUUGCCGACACGCAGAGAAUAGAAGAAGAGGACGAAGGGGUUACGACCGACGGUCACUUCUCACCGUACCGGGACUCCGCAUCCAACACCGAUUGCGGCUCGUUGAGCAAAAGUUCCUCCGACGGAGACCCGGUAGUGAGCCGGAGGAAACCUCUGACGAGACUAAAAUCUCGCCGUAAAAAUAUACUCAGUUUUCCUCACGGCUUGAACACGGAUGAUUUGCGUCUUUUGCAAAGGAGGCACGAUCUCUACGGAGGUUCAUCGUCGGACGAGAACAGGUCUUCCGGCCAUGCCAGCAUGAGUGAUGGCGGCCAUUCUUCAUACGGAAGUUCCCCUUCUGCCUGCGUGGACUUGAGCCGAGGGGGCCACGGCCACGAUCCAGGAGCCGUGGUUCCUCUCACGAAAUCCCUCCACAAUAUUCCGGGUCACCUGAAGGCAGUCCCCGAAGACGACCGAGUUCCCUCGUUGCCUCCGUCGUCUUCAUCUUCUUCCCGUGUUUGCCGACGCUCUGGGAACGCGACCAGUUCGUCAAGCAGGCGGCGUUACCGUGAAGACCUUGACAGCGGGAACCCGUCUAACCUCGACGAUAUCUGUGACGCUGUAGAACAGCUGGCUGUUCGAACGCAACAAGUGUCCAGGACUGGUUACUCGACGUCGACUUACUCUUCUGUCAGUGGGAGUGAAUCUGAGCCCGCUGUUAGGCGACUUAUACGACAUUCUAGCCUCGAAACCAUCAACACGAACAUUACUAGUGCUGACGAGUUCGUUUGGGUUGACAAUCAUUCCAGACUGGUCGAGCUACAGCACGUUCCGUGGAACAAUCACGACGUCUUGAGAGUCUUGCAGAACGGGCGGCUUAAGGACCAUUUGAGACGUAUUUCUAUGGAAGUGGUACCGAGACUAGCGUUCCUCCUGCAGAGACCCCUGGUAAGGGUCGCGAGGGAAGCUCAGCGGUUUGCGCGCGCUCUCGGUGUCUGCAGCAAACGCGAAAUAAGCGGUGCUUUGACCGUAGUGUUGUCUCCGGGCCUUGCGGACAGUUGCGUUAAGGCGUGCCAUAGGGCUGCGGCGAUCUACACUGUGUCGGGUGAUCAGAUGAGGCUUAGUAAAAGUGCGCGCGCGGGGUUACAGCUGCCCGUGGGAAAGUUUCACCGGUGGGCGUGUGACGUGCGCCUGGGGACGUUUGUGCACGAGUACGCGGCCAUCUUUCUGACGGCGGGAAUGGAGAACCUCCUGGAGGAAAUGGUGCUGCAGUGUCUGCCGCCGGAAACGACGUUGACGGCCUCUGUCCUCGAAGCUGGGAUUUCGAACAACGCGGAUCUGUGGGGAUUGUUCCAGCCUUUCUCGCAUCUCAACGCGGGAAGGACGGCGACGGGUGCCUUGUCGAUGCCAAGGUGGCCAGGACAGACUGGAGGAUCAAGUCAUCAUCCAAUGACGACAACAUCCCACCACCAGUCUGAAGACAGCUCUCGCGUACCUUCGUCAAAGUCACACGACCAAAACUUCCUCACCACAUGCGUCGGCAACUUACCAGAGUUGGGCGAUUUACUCGGCAAAGUGAUGCAGUUCUAUAACCACAAGAUGUCUCAAUCGGGUCAAAGGGCAUCAAUACCGUGGGGUCCAAGUGCGCUUCACACUUUAUUUUACUACAUGAGGUGUUCCCAACUAGAACAUUCGGAUCAUCGGCACAUGCACCGUAGCCCUGCUCCAGAGCUGGUUUAUGAAAGGCCGUAUCAGGUUUUGCCUCCAUUGGUGGAAUGGGUAUGCGUUGCAGUAGCGCACGCGGAGCACCGGAGGUCCCUCGUAGUUGACCAGGACGACGUGAUGCAAGCAGCACGACUUCUCUUGCCUGGGGUGGACUGUCCUGUGCGGCGAUUCGGGAGUCGUUCAGAGGAACAAGUUUUGUCGCGGCGACACGCUGACGAAAAGGAGUGUACGCGGCACCUCCAGACAGAGCUCGCCUUCGGAUUAGUGCGAAGUGGCAGGACGGACCUUCUCAGUCGAGCACUGCAACUGCUGCCACCUCAAGGGUUGGACACACGUGAUGAACAUGGACUUACUCCUCUCAUGCUCGCAUGUGUUGGCGGGGACGAAGCACUGGUGCAACUCCUUCUAGAUGCUGGGGCUAGUGUUGACGCAGAGACACCUCCCUGUAGCCAGCAAUAUCCUUGUACAGUUCCUGAGACGCAACAUUGGACUUCCCUCACUUAUGCCACCACACGAGGGAUGCUGGCGAUAGUCCGAUUGCUACUGGAGAAAGGAGCCAAUGUAGAGGGAGGUGCAAGACUCAGUGAAGACAAAAUCACAGAGACACCACUUCAAAUAGCUGCAGCAUCCGGCCACCUGGACCUGAUCAGCCUACUCUUGUCCUACGGCGCUCACCCAUUCCUGUCCACGCUAUUCCGAGAUGCCCAAAGCUAUGGUGGUGCCCAGCAGAGAGGUUGUUACAGUGCCAUCGCAGUGGCAGCUGCACAUGGUCAGCGAACGGUUCUCCAUAGGCUACUGUCCCAUCCUCUGGCGGGAGACACGAGAGAUAUGUUGUCACUGGAAGAGAUCUUGGCAGAGGGCGCCAAUCAAAUGACCAGUGAUCGGCGAGCUGCGAGGCUGAAGGUUGUGCCAGCGUCCAUGGAAGACAUCAACAAGCAGCCGACCAAGGAAGGUCAAGUCAUCAAGCUGACGAAAACGCAGAUGAAGGCUUUGCAAGAAGCCAUGUACCAGAGCUCUGAGAAUGGAUAUCUUGAAAUUACGUUGGACCUCAGAAACAUUGGUGUCCCUUGGGCUCUUCACUGCUGGAUGCAGACCUUGACAACAGCUCAUGAACAGCAUUUGGAAAAUAUUAUAGACGAGCUGCUACAGGACUUCCUCCAUGUGUGGCCUGAGGACUGUAGCUCACAGUUUGUGGAUGAAUGUUUGCCGUUGCUUUUCUCAAUAUUCAGGCAUAGUAAGAAUGAAGGUACCACGCUACUGUUAGCAGACAUUUUCUCCAGCUGCUAUGGUAAAGAGCAAAUCAAAGAAAUAAGAGACGUCUCUUUCGCCGGGGGAGCUCGAAUAGAUCCUAAGUAUGUGAACAGCCCUGAGAUGUCAGACAUCCAGUUCAGAGUGGAAAGCCGGGCCUUCUAUGCUCACAAGAUCAUCCUAGUAAAUGCGUCGCCACGCUUCAAAUCCAUGCUGUCAACCAAGACUGCUGACGGAAACCCACCGGUGGUGCAGAUCAACGACAUUCGAUAUGACAUAUUUCAGCUUGUCAUGCAGUACUUGUACAAAGGUGGUUGCGAGGACUUUGAUCUUGACCAGAAUGACGUCCUUGAGUUGAUGACAGCAGCAAACUUCUUCCAACUGGAUGGCCUGGUCCGUUUCUGCGAGUCGCGAUGCUCUCAAUAUGUAGACCUUGACAACAUUGUCUCCAUGUACAUCCAUGCCAAGGUGUACAAUGCAGUCCAACUUUUGGAGUACUGUCAGGGAUUCUUGCUCCAGAACUUGGUGGCACUCCUAACGUACGACGACAGUGUCCGUAAAUUGCUCUUCGGCAAACGCUUGCACAACCACGAUGUUCUCAGCGGACUUUUGCUUACCCUACAAGCCAGAAUCAAACAUCGUGGAAGCAGCCCGGGGGGCCCCGUGAAAAGUGCUCAUUCUGGAGUGAAACGGUGAAACACCGCUGAAGUUUGAACACCGGUGCAAAGCUGUGCCCCCUGGAACCUUCAAGGGAUGCUGCGUACCUGACUGCUGAAGCAGUAAUACCUUUCAGGGUCAUCGACACUUACAUGUUCCUUUACACCCCGAUGAAUGUGAGCAACAUUAAUGUCUGACAAAGGACACUAACUUGCUGAAAUGCUGUCGUUGGGGUGUAUGUUAUUUAACACGUUUUCUACGACAGCUUCUAUUAUACUUUGAAGAGCAGGCGGGCAACACAAUGUGAAAUAUUGAAUAUGCCAUAUACUAUUAUGUGUCGAUACCUUCGCACAACUUGCUCGUGUUGUAGCGUGUCACGAACACGGUGCGGAAAAAGUCACAAGUUACAGAGCUGUGUGGUUGCACAUCAUGUUGUUCAUCUUGCGCUCAAACCGUGUGGAGAUGUCAUGUUGCCUUCCCUACAAGAUUUCCUGUAUGCAUGUUUGGGUCCACACAUGCAGUAUGGAAUGAACGAAUGUCCCACAUCACUACCAUCAGCACUCAGUGCCAAACCGUAAGUGUUGCGAAUGCUGGUGGAGUUUCAUUUAACAUUUCUAAUCACUCCUCUUUGGUGCCAGCUAUGAUCCAGAGUCAUCAUGGUGCUGCAAAGAUACCCAGUCUGUGCCUUUGGAAUCUCCAUCUCAGACUUACAUACAUUGUCAGCUAGCUACCUCAAUUUUAUACUGAACUCUGAUUAUACUACAACGAUUUUGUGUGCAUGCAUGCAUGUGUGUGUGUGCGAGAGAAAUUACCUUAUAUACUCCACGUAAGAAACUGGACAACUAUACGCUAAGAGAAAUCACAUUUUGUUACUGUUUUAAUAUUUAUGUAAAAAAUGUGUAUUUAUGAACCUCAUCACGUCCUCCUUGUGUGCACCUUAUUCUCAGCUUUCUAUUUUUAUACACUUUUUGGCAUCACAUUCUACUUCAGCGCACCCUCUGUCUUGUCAUACCGAAAGAGCUGCUACAUGCCGAGCAACUUCGCAGCUUUUUACAAGUUUUCUUGGACGCAGUGGCGGAUCCAGGGAGGACGAGGCAGUUGGGCGAAUGCCCCCUCCCCCUGCAAAAGCAUUAGGUUAGACAUUAAGUUCGACACAAAAAAAAAAAACACCCACUCCCCCAGAGUGAGGGCCUGGAUCCGCCCCUGCCUGAACAGAAGAUGUCUCCUCCUAAGCAUCGAUUUCUGCCAGUGACUACACUCAUCAGUUGUUAGAUCAGUCAAAUUGUGUGUUUUGUAAUACAGGGGCUAUGUAAUAGGGGUCUCUCAAGUUGUUUCAUCUUCACUUUGCCAUCGGCCAGUGAGACUAUUUAACCUGUACAUUUGUACCGCGGUAACAAAAGUGCCAUGCGUAACUGCUUUAAUUAUAAUAUGUUGGUAUGUAUAGGCUCGUUUUUUACAUAUUUUAACUUAGCACUAAUAAAACUAUUUUCUUA